CUAAAUAUAAAAGAUAAGCCCAACUUCGAUCUCCAACCAACCGCAUCAUCACACAAUCCACAAUUUCCUCAGAAUUCAUCGCACAAUUCUCUCACAAACGAAGACACCUGCAACAACGUUGUUUCUUUCAAAUUCGUCUUUUCUCUCUCUUGAUUCUGUUCUUGUUGUGGAGAUUCAAUAUGAAACCAGUAUGUCCUUUUGUUAAAAUUCCCCGGCCAGAUGACAGUAAUGCUUCUAAAAAAUCGAAUGAAAACUCAAAUAAACAUCAUGUAGAGCAUGACAGUAAGGUGAAGAAAGAGGUUAAGGACUCGGCUAGUGUCUCACCAAAGUGUCCGUUGGGAUAUGACUCACAAACAUUCAAGAUUGGUCCUCUUAGUUGUAUGGUAUGCCAGGCACUUCUAUUCGACACCAGCAAAUGUGUGCCUUGUUCUCAUGUUUUCUGCAAGGCAUGUAUAUUGCGCUUUAAGGACUGUCCGUUAUGUGGGGCUGAUAUUGAGAAGAUCGAGCCCGAUGCUGAUCUUCAAGGUGUAGUUGAUCGCUUUAUUGAAGGUCAUGCCAGGAUCAAAAGGUCUGUUAAUUUAGACAAUGGCGAAGAAGCAGCAGAGAAUAAUAAGCCUGUCAUAUACGAGGAUGUGUCUUUGGAAAGAGGUUCUUUCUUGGUGCAACAGGCCAUGAGGGCAUUCCGUGCUCAGAAUUUAGAAAGUGCCAAAUCAAGACUCAACCUAUGUGCAGAAGACGUUCGUAGUCAGAUUGAAAAAGUUGGUAACACUUCAGAGUUAUGUUCACAGCUUGGAGCAGUCUUGGGUAUGCUUGGUGACUGCUGCCGAGCAAUGGGUGAUAGCAGCUCUGCAGUUACUUAUUUUGAAGAAAGUGUUGAAUUUCUGUCAAAGUUGCCAAAAGAUGAUUUGGAGAUUACACAUACACUUUCUGUUUCUCUUAAUAAAAUUGGUGAUCUUAAAUAUUAUGAUGGGGACCUUCAAGCUGCAAGAUCGUACUAUUUUCAAUCCUUAAAUGUUCGCCGUGAUGUUGUCAAGAACAAUUCAAAUGUUUCAUCUCAGGUCUUAGAUGUUGCCGUUUCUCUUGCAAAAGUAGCGGAUGUGGACAAAAGUCUAGGGGAUGAAAAGUCUGCUAGUGAUGGAUUUCAAGAAGCCAUAGACUUGCUGGAAUCGCUUACGUUGAAAUCCGAAGCCAGUGGACUUGAGCAACGGCGGCUAUCGGUUCUAGACUUCCUCAGAAGCCAAAAGGCCAAUAAACAAGAACAAGUUGAACAAACAGUAUGAGGUCAGAUGCACGUCUUGCUAGCAAAAGGAAAAGCAUCAAUUCGGAUGCAAUAAAUGUUUCUGUACGUGAUUGGAUUCAUGUGUAAAAUAAAGCUCAGGUGAACAAAGGCAUUAUAAUAGAGAAAGAUAGAGACUUUUCAUUCAGAGUGAUGAAUAUCUCGGUCAUUUUUGGCGUUUAUCUGAGAAUUUACAGCGAAUCCUUUUUAUUCACUGUAGUUCUCUCUCCUGCUAGAACUUUCCGGUGACCGGAGAGGAUCACAACUCCUUUAGUACCUUAUUGGUGCAUAAGGGCAAACUGUGAUGAGUCUUCCUUGCAUUAAUGUAACUAAUAUACUUCUCUAAUAAACUAGAAAUGAAGUAACAUGGAUGUAUGUCGGUUGUGUUUCCAACUUGAACUCAUUCUAUAGUGUAAAAAGCGAAAUAUAUAGAAUAUUCAUAAAUGUUGGUGUUUUUGGGUGAGUUUUGAUACAUGUGAUUUUGAGUAUAAUUCAUUGUGUAAAAUUGGUUUGGUGA